AUGCAGAGCCUGCUCAAUCGUUUGUAUUUGUCUUACAUUGAAACCUUUAACUCAAAAGGCGUUGAGUUCUGGCGUGGUCGAUACCAGCUAAUGCUAUGCCGAACUAAAGCCCCUUCAGAACUGGACAUGCAAGCAUCGUUAGCGUGGUCAACGCUAUUGCCUGCUACCGCAAGUUGCCACGUACACCUCUAGUCACCCUGGGCACAGCUGGACUCGGGAUUGCAUCGCCCUGCGUCCCUGGCACACCGGCAUCACCAGUUCCGGAACCCGCGGCGCCAUUUUCUCUUCCACUUCCUCCAACAGCACCGGAGCUGCCUUCACCGCGUCCUGCAGGACCACUGCUCGAGCCACCCUGUCCGGCUGAUGGCAAAGAUGCACCCGAACCGCUAACUGCAGCAGUAGCCGCCGUGGCAGUCAACUUGGGCGUUGGCCGCGGUGCUCCUUGUAUCCGCGCCUGGAGGUCCGGUGGAAGCGGCCUAAACGGCGGUGGCGGGAUGGCCAUCGGCGGAGGCAAUGCCUGACGCGACAUGGACGGCGCUGCUCCUGCGGUGGACGGCGCCGGCAGCGCCAAUUGGUUCCCGGCUGCGGAUGAUGGGGGAGGUGCUGGCAGGGAUGCUUGCCGCUGUCCGCUGGCUGGCAGCAGCGGUAGCGGCGGUGGUGGCAGUUGCCGAGGCCCCUCUAGUCGCUGCUGCUCGAGCAUGGCAGCACGAAUCUGCGGCAGUGGUAUAAAAGGGCGGGACGGGUGGGAAGUGGGACGUGAGAGGAUGUACGGUAAGGACCCCCCGGCAGCCGUGUGUUAUCCGAGUGGGCAGUUGCUGCGGCAGCAGCGGUCACACCAGCCACAGGACAUGGACGAGUUGAACUGCCCGGUGUUACCGGUACCUCCUCUUUGACCCCCUCCUAACAUGGCAUAACCCCAUGGUAUAUUAACCCCACCUGUUGCCGUACGAUAAGAUCCAUCUUCUCCAACUUCCCCAUCGGCCGACGCUGCGCCUGCCGCCGACCACCCGCUGCACCCGCACCCGCACCCCCAGCUGCUGGCGGGGUUGCUGAUGCUGGCGCUGAGGUGGCGGGCCCCCCAUGCAGCAUCUGGUGGGCGGUUCGGUGCCCCCGGGGUCGUGAGUGGUACUGAGCUGCCGCGCGUUUGGCGAGCACUCACCGCCUGCUGCACGCUUGCAAGCACCCGCUCAGCAUCCUCGCCCAGGUCCUCCUCCUCCUCAUCAUCAUCAUCAUCAUACUCCUCCUCCUCUCCGGCCCUCCUCGCCAGCUGUCUCUCCCUGCCUCCCGCCCCUGCUGCGCCUGCUGCUCCUCCUCCCCACAGCCUAUGCGACAGGAAGCUCCACACCCGGUGCACGAGCAGCGCCGUGAUGACGAGGUUGGGCAGCGGAGGCACGCGACGGAGGAUCGCUGCUAGGGGACCGCUGCCCCCGCGGAAGAGGCCGGCGGCAGCAGAGCCGCGGGACUUGGCUGCUGCAGAUGCCGUAGCGGCAGAGGAAGGCGCGAAGGGGUUGUUGCUGGGUUUGGAGGUGAGGCGUUUGGCAUUGCGGCGGGCUGGGUUGGACUUUUGGAAGGUGGGGGCGAAGGGCUUUUGAUUGGCUUGAGCACGCCGGCCGCUAGGAAUGAAGAGAAGUGCAGGGAAAGAGAAGGGAAGAGAUAGGGAGUGGAGGGCGUAUUGGGUUAGCCAUUUGGGUCUGUGACAAUCGUGCAGAUGCCAUGAGGUAGGUUGUUGCAAUUGGGACGUACUAGAUGCAUGUCGCGUGCAGGCGACUUAGCAAGUAUACAAAGCAGCGUAUAUGUCGCAGGAACUUACAGGACAAGCAUCUUGCCAUCGGGGCCAACGAUUAGGGUGUCGGGCCGAACGUUGUCAUUGCGAAUAGCUUUGGCAACCCCGGCCGCAGCUCGUUGCGAGCGCUUUGUGUCGUUGCCACUCAUCGAAACGGCAAGUAAGUAGGGCAGCUAAGGAUUUCUAUUGCUCUGGUCGAACGAGAAAAUAGGAACCGGGCGGAACCUUCAGGACAUGGGAGGCUAAGGUAAUAAGCUUGGGCUAAUAGCGGGCAGCACCUCUGUACUUACGACGCAGAUAAUUGGCAUGCUAUAAUUGGAAGUGCAAUUGUUGGUA